GUCAAAUUAUAUAAAAAAAUAAAAAUAACAACUGAUUGGAAAUAUAUUUAAACCAAUAAUGUUAGCUCCUCAAGAGGAAUGUUUUGCAAAUAUUUUACAAGAUUUUCUUAUCUGUACCACCAUACACAAGGCCCGUCAAUUAGGCAUCUUUCAAAAUUCCAUUUAUGUGCGUAUAACCCUCGAUAAAAUGAUAAGACAUACUAGAACUUAUGAAAAUUCGGAAAAUCCCUAUUUUAAUGAGUACUUUGUUUUCGAAAUCAAAUGCACCCUAAUGGAACUGCUGCGUUUGACGAUUUUGUAUGAGGUGAAAAAGCACACGUCAUGCAAGAAAAAUCCCACUUUGGGAGAACUGCUUAUAGAUGUGCAAAGUGUUUGGAAUCAGGCAAAUCGUUGUUAUUUUAAGAAAUGGGGACGCUUAGAAGCUCCUAUGGGUCAGACUGCCACAUUUGAGGGUAAUGAAAAGGUCGGUGGUGCAGCUGCUGGUGGAGGGAAAGGUUUUUUACAAAUCGACUUAGCUAUAGUUACACAAGCUUCCAAUCCGAAUAGUUUACUGAAACCAAUUGAAGAUGAUUUGUUGGUUUUGAAUAAAUGGCAAAUACAUCAAGAUUAUGAUGAUAUAGAGAAAAAUCUUCUACAAAAUAUAGACACUGGUGUACGCUGCAACAUACGUUAUACGGUGACUUUUUAUCGUGGGAUUAUGUUUAAGAAAGCGGAUUAUGUUAUACAAUUUAGAUUUCAUCCCUUUAAGGGUAAGACAAACAUGGCCAAAAAUACUCAAGAUCCUUGCUGGAAUCAAGAAAUCUGUUUUGUUUGGUGUUAUCCUUCGUUGGCUGAAACUCUGGUCAUAGAGCUGCUAAUGCAUGAACAUUUACAGUGGAAGUGUGUGGCUGAAUAUGAAUUACAUUUUAAUGAAAUUGCUUUUAAAGAUUUGUGCUGA